AUGGAACAAGAACAAUUAGCAUUAACUAUUGAAAGUUUGAAAGAACGAAUUAAAGAACUAGAAACUGAUUUACAAAUUUCUAAUGAUGCAAAUAUGAAAUUAAUAGAAGAUAAUAGAAAUAUGCUUGCUGUAAAUCAAAAUUUGAGUGAACAACUUCAAACUUUAACUGAUGAAACUUUAACUGAUGAAAUUCGCUCUAAUGAACCAGAAAAAAUCCAAAUUGAUGAUCUAAAAGAUGAGUAUAAUAAGUCUUUAGACAAAGAAAAAUAUAUUAACCAAAUUGAAAAGGUGUUAUUUAAUGGAAAAAAAAAUGGCAAGAAAGAAGAAAAUUUAAAUAUUUUAUUUUAA